GUACAUAUAUAUUUGUUUGCUCCCAGCAUACAGUUCAUGCAGUUUUCAAUGGACUUGGGACCAAUAAGGCUGAGAACCUCAAAAAGGGUAGUUACAUAAACUCUGAGAACUAUCAACGACUAUCACCUCUUCUACAAGAUGAGUAACAGCCACCCUCUUCGCCCCUUCACUGCAGUGGGGGAAAUUGAUCAUGUGCACAUUUUGUCUGAACAUAUUGGUGCCUUGCUUAUUGGGGAAGAAUAUGGCGACGUCACAUUUGUUGUGGAAAAGAAACGUUUUCCUGCCCACAGGGUAAUUUUAGCAGCGAGGUGCCAAUAUUUUCGAGCAUUACUGUAUGGUGGGAUGCGAGAAUCUCAGCCCGAAGCAGAGAUCCCUCUCCAGGACACCACUGCAGAAGCCUUCACAAUGCUGCUUAAAUACAUCUACACUGGGCGGGCAACGCUGACAGAUGAGAGGGAGGAGGUGUUGCUGGACUUUUUGAGCCUGGCUCAUAAAUAUGGAUUUCCAGAGCUGGAGGAUUCUACCUCUGAGUAUCUCUGCACCAUACUUAACAUUCAGAAUGUCUGCAUGACUUUUGAUGUUGCCAGCCUCUACUCACUUCCCAAGUUAACUUGCAUGUGCUGCAUGUUUAUGGACAGAAAUGCUCAGGAGGUGCUCUCAAGUGAAGGCUUCCUCUCCCUUUCUAAGACAGCACUUUUAAACAUCGUAUUAAGAGAUUCAUUUGCAGCUCCCGAGAAAGAUAUUUUCCUAGCAUUGUUAAAUUGGUGUAACCAUAAUUCGAAGGAGAAUCAUGCUGAAAUCAUGCAGGCUGUGCGUUUGCCUCUGAUGAGCCUCACUGAACUUCUGAACGUUGUGAGGCCUUCAGGACUGUUGUCUCCCGAUGCCAUUCUGGAUGCUAUUAAAGUUCGAUCGGAGAGCCGGGAUAUGGACCUCAAUUACAGAGGCAUGCUCAUACCAGAAGAAAAUAUUGCAACUAUGAAGUAUGGAGCCCAGGUUGUAAAAGGGGAGCUGAAGUCAGCCUUAUUAGAUGGCGAUACUCAAAAUUACGAUUUGGAUCAUGGAUUUUCUAGGCACCCAAUUGAUGAUGACUGCCGUUCUGGCAUUGAGAUUAAGCUAGGUCAGCCAUCUAUCAUCAAUCACAUACGGAUACUCCUGUGGGACCGAGAUAGCCGGUCUUAUUCAUACUUCAUUGAAGUGUCAAUGGAUGAACUUGAUUGGAUCAGAGUGAUUGAUCAUUCGCAGUAUCUGUGUCGUUCUUGGCAAAAGUUAUAUUUUCCAGCCCGUGUCUGCAGGUAUAUUCGAAUAGUUGGGACUCACAACACAGUGAACAAGAUUUUUCACAUUGUGGCUUUUGAAUGUAUGUUUACAAACAAAACCUUCACUCUUGAGAAGGGGCUGAUAGUUCCCAUGGAGAAUGUUGCAACAAUUGCCGAUUGUGCCAGUGUGAUUGAAGGAGUCAGUCGGAGCCGAAAUGCCUUACUGAAUGGCGACACCAAGAAUUAUGAUUGGGAUUCUGGCUAUACGUGUCAUCAGCUAGGAAGUGGUGCAAUUGUGGUUCAACUGGCACAGCCAUACAUGAUCGGGUCAAUACGGUUGCUACUUUGGGACUGUGAUGAUCGAAGCUACAGCUACUAUGUUGAGGUCUCCACCAACCAGCAACAGUGGACCAUGGUGGCCGACAGAACUAAAGUCUCCUGCAAGUCCUGGCAAUCUGUAACUUUUGAAAGACAGCCCGCCUCCUUCAUCCGAAUCGUGGGAACGCACAACACAGCAAAUGAGGUGUUCCACUGUGUCCACUUUGAGUGUCCGGAGCAGCAAAGCAGCCAGAAGGAGGAGAGCAUCGAGGAGUCGGGGCCAGGGGAGCCCAGCCUGGCUGGUCCGCAGCUCGACCCCCACGCCCUGCAGGCCCCCAGUGGCAGGUCCCUGCCUUCCAGCCCCCGCUCCGCCUCGCGCUCCCCCAACCGGCAGCACCAGUAAAGGGGGCGCCGAUGUGGAGGCACAGGGGUGGGCCCCGAGGGCAGGGGCCAGGACUGGCGUCCUCCCAGGAGGGAUCUCUGUUGACCGCCCCUCUCCCUUCCUGGGAGGAGCAGAUGGGGCUGCAAAAACAGACACAGAACAGGCUUUCUCCCAAGGACGGAAAGGGGCUGCUUUUUUCUCCUCAAUUUGUUCAAAUCAGGCUGGUCUCCAGGGGGAGAAAAUGGGUCUUCAAUCUUCAUCAAGUCCACCAUUAACGCCCUACCUCUCUCAUCUAACCUGGGCCAAGGAGACAGAAGGCGGCAUAGCCGGGCCCGUGUCGGAAUACCCAAAGGGGCCCGAGCUCGAAGGCAGGACAAUACGUGAGGCCCUUAUUACCUGGAGGUGCCCCUUAGGAAGUGGGUUUCCGUAGAGUGGUUACUUUUAUGGAACACAUGGCCCUGGCAACUAAGUGAUUUUUUCUUUCUUUUAGUUAUUGUCCAUUUGCUGAAUCAUGGGUGUUCCAGAUCUUUUUGAAAUGCUCAAACAGCAAAUCACUUGUUUAAUCCCUUUUGACCCUGUAAUUUUCCUUCCCUAGUUUUGAACGGCUAAGCCUGGGGCGGAGCGGGCGGUGCUGUGCUCGGCUCCGAAAUGAGGCACCGAGGCGCCCGUCAGGGCACCCGGUCUGACGAGGAAAAUCCUCCGAGGAAGUUCAACCAAAUACAGAAUGAGCAAAUCAAUCCGAGGACACUGGAGUUAAUAACCACUCGAAUUCCUGAGUUAUUAACCUGUCAUUCCUGAAGCGUCUGCAACCUUUAAGCGCGGGAGGCUGACGAGGAACAGUUACUUUGCCGCCUGCUGACUUCCUGCUCCGAAGUCUGUCCGUGUAUCUGUAAGUCUGCGCUGCUUCCGGUUGGAAUCACCACCGGUUAGCUGGCCGUGGGGACGGCGGCCCUUCUGGCGGCCCGUGUCAGGAACACGAAACUGGGGCUCUGCAUCGAGGGCUUGCUGUGUUUCGUCCCCAGGGGUUUGGAAGGCGCCGCAGUUGUAAGAAGCUUUUCUCAUCCCCGUCGAGCCGAUGCCCCGUGGCUGCCGUGGCCGGACGCGGCUCCGCUGUGCCCGGCGCGCACUGCGCUGGGGUCCGCCCAGCUCGGGGGACCCAGGCCCCGCUGAGCUCCGGCCCUCCGGACCCCGGACGCAGGCCCAGGCCCUCGGCGCACCCCGGGACCCUGCCUGGAGGAGGGUGGGCUCACAGGGGGUUCCUUCCUGGGUCUUAAAGACACGUCGUCUGUGGGUGGAUGCGGAGCCCCUGGGCCCGCGCGCUAAACGCUUUCGCCCGUGUAACCGGGUCUUGAGUGGGCGCUCGAUAUGGGAGCAGCAGGGGCGUCGGACCCCACGGCCAAGCAGGAGGGUGGGCUCUUCGUUUGAACGCGGCGCGGGGGCUCCGGGUCCCCGUCCCGCUCUGCUCUCGGUUCGCACGUCCCACGCCUUCCCCACUGUGUGGGGCCAGCGGGACCCCCGAGGGGCGCCAGGCAUCUGGGGAGGGGGGCCCACAACAGAUGGCAGCGUCGCUCGCUCGCCGUGGGUGGCCGCCCCGCGUGACUUGGCCACUGCCUUUGUCGGCAUCCAGCACGGGUCGCCGGUUAGCGUGGAGAGUUCUGUCCCCUCGCCACCUCCCUCAUCAGCGCGGUGGCUCCCCGGCGGGGAGCGGAAGGGGCCGAGAUGUCAGCAAGGGCAGAGCAAGGGCAGAGCCGGGCUGUCGGUAACGUCUCCAUUCAAGGUUUCUUUCUACACUUUGAAGUCGCCUGUCCAGAGAGGAGUCCCGGGGCUUGGAGGCUGGCACCGCUGACCGGGGGACAGGGGAGUGGGCUGGUGAGGACCUGGAAGGUUCCAGCCCUCCAUCUCCAGACGUUUGGGUCCCACCGGCCCGGGCACACGUCGCCGUCUCAGACACAGGUGUGGCCGCUCAGUGUCACACGGAAGAGGCAUAGUCCGCGAAGCUUGAGCUCCGGACCCCUGUGUGGGCCCCUCCCGCCCCCGGCUUGCUGCCUCCUCCCCUGCCUGGCGCAUUCCCUCCGUGUCCCCGCCCUGAGGGCUGUCUCCGGAGCGGAGCUCGGGAGUUUGUCCCAGCAGGUGCGGGAAGGAGGGGAAGAUGAGGCGGUGCGCCCGCCCACGGCCGCAGGGAGGACAUGAGGACAUGGCCUCCUUGGCUCCCCACAGCUGCGGCCACCAGCGCACCGUCCUCGGGUCUCCUGGGCCUGACGCGAGGCCUUGCUUGCACGGAGGCCCGCGCUAGACCUCAGGCAGGCAUGGACGAAACUCAGCAGGAGCCAUUCGGUCCACCUGUUACCCGGCCGGUGGGCUCUGCCUUCCGUGGUGAUUGGCGGAGCGGGGUCGAGGGGGGGCUCUGUCUGCAGGCCUGGCAGGGCCGGGCGUGUGGCCCCAGACAUAGGCAGGGCGAAGCGCGGAUCCGCAGGGAACGAGGGGUGAGUGGGCAGCGGCUGGUCCUGCAGAGGGCUCCUCUCUGCCGCCAGCUGGACCCAAAUACCCCCAAACUGGAAGAGACCACCAGAGCUCAACGGGAGUGCAGAUAAGACAGCCUGGCGCGCAGCCAGAAGGAUCGCCAGAUGCCUGCAGAGUCCCAGACCCAGCAGAGGGAGGAGGGUGCGCCCCCUGUAACGUGUGAGGAAGGACACACGGCUGGGUACCCCGGGCCCGGGCAGAUGAGGGCCCUGCCCCGUGAGGGUGCAGCCUGGGCGGUAACGCGUUUGGGGAGAGGUCGGGCGAGGCCUGGCCCUCCGUGGGGACAGAUAGAGGGGUGCUUGUGGCCUCUGGCCCGUGACUGGGAUUCUUCUCCAUUGCAAACCAUAAACCAGCACCUUCGUGACCACCGCCCAGGGCAGGAAAUCGAACACUGCCAGAAACCCCUGCCCUUCCCUCUAGAUCACAGUUUGGGGCCAGUAAGAAUUAGCUGCCCUGGGGCUUUGGGGGAUAGCCUUGCCUUCUGGCAGCUGCUGGGAGGGCCGGCUAGGGUGACAUUGAGCACAGCAGGUGGGGCCUCUGUCCCUGGCUGGGGCUGGCGGCCUGCUCGUCGUCGGAUCCAGCGCUUCGGCUCUGGAACAGGUGUAGUGGGACGAUGAGUGGACACCCGCCCGGACGCACACACUUGUUUCCCCAUAUUCUCAGUGCUUUUCCUGUUUUACUUCUUCGACUUUCGUUAGAACUACGAGCCCGUGAUGGAUGUGGGACUCUUCUCAAUUGCUCUUUAAAUUGUCACUUUUUAAUCUUAUUAAAUGAAGUGUCGAUACCUGACAAAUACAUUAAAAGUGUUUUAUUCCUA